UAUAAAUGAAUCCCUGAAACACACACUGCAUCACACUUACUACACGGCGCAGAAGAAUAUUCCUCACUGUAGAUAUGCCUGAAGAAAAACACAAUUGAUUAAGUCUUCCAUCUCCAGGGACGGGCAUCUUGGCAAAGAUCUUCACUCCUCUGUCAGUGUGAUUAGUCCCACAGGAGUGUGUGUGGCCUGAGGUAGAGCCAGCAGCAGAGAGAGAGUCCUGGUUUUGCAGUUGUAGAAUCAUGGAGAGAUAUGUAUCCUUACAACUCAAAUCGACCUCUCUCCUGGCUAAUCCACAUCUCAACACCACCGCUGACAUCAAUGCCACAGUGAAACCCUUCAGUGUGUUUGAUGGCUGCGAUCAUCAGGUAGAGGGCAUUCUCUUUGACCUGACCCUGCAGUGCAUCAACGUAGUGGUGGGAAUCCCUGCCAACUUGCUUGUCAUUGCAAUCCUCAUCAGCAAUCGCAAAGAGCCCUCCACUUCAGACAUAUUCUUAGGCUGCCUGGCCUUCAUGGACAUUUACUUUGGUGUCAUGACCCCUAUCAACUUAGUUAACCUUUACCAGUGGCAAAGCAAGGAGGUGUGGUCCUCUGUUAAGUUCUCCUAUGGUGUGAAAGACACCACCGGCCCGUUGUUUCUCUCCUGCAUCUGCCUAGAUCGCUUUAUAGCUGUGCUCUUUCCAGUGAUGUUUGGGCAGCUUAAACACAUCAAGUACAGGGUGAGCCUCUCAGUGCUGGUGUUCUGCCUCACCUUUGCUUACUCAGCCGCCAAGGUUGUGGGUGGUCUCCCCAACUUUGAGAAGGUCUUUACUGGUGAGAUCCUGGCAGCAUUUACCUGGAUGGUUUUGUGUAAUGUUUGCAUCCUGUGGGCCCUGAAGAAGUCCCGGGGUGCAGGGAAAGAUGAGAUGCACCCAAUGAAGAAGAGGGCCUUCAAGAUGGUGCUGAAUAUCCUUUGUAUUAUUGUGUUUAACUACCUACCACCUGUAGCGCUGUUUCCUUUUGAAGACUACUACUCUCCUGAUGUGUUUCGUUGCUAUGUGCAGCCUGUGGGCUUCGCUUUCCUCAACAUCAGUAGCACUAUCCAGCCACUUGUAUAUCUAUCUCGUCUGGACAAAGUGCCUUUCUUCUCAGACGCCUGCGUUAAGAAGUUCUGCGCCUGUGUCUCUGCAGAGAACAACAAAAACCCACCUGCUCAAAACCCCCCUGCUCCAAACCCACCUGCUCAAAACCCACCUGCUCAAAACCCACCUGCUUAAAACCCACCUGCAGAGGUUUAAGAAGAUCUAAUCCACAUAUUGACCCUCAUGGAUGCUCAUUUAAACAGGGAAAAGCUAGUUAUUUUCAAAAUACAUGUUUUAGUUUAGGGCUGCAUGAUAUGGCAAAUAAAUCCCAUUGCAAUUGUUUUGACAGAUUUUAUGAUUACAAUAUGAUUCACGAUUAGUGAGAAUUAUAAUUUUUGUAUUCCACUUUUCAUUUGUACUGACAGAACUACUAAUAUCAUGAUGAUGUGAGCAUUUGGUUGGGUCUGUGAACAGAUUUGUAGGCCAGUGGAGCACUACAGAAUUUCAUUAUAAUGCCGUUUUGUCACACAUUUUACUGUUAUCAAAAAAUUAUAUUUUAUUGCAAUUUCGAUUAAUUUUUCAGCUCUGUUUUAAUUGAACAGCUUAUAAUGUCAAAAAAGCCCUCCUAAAAAAAGAGAAAGAAAAAACAUUAAUUAUGCAUCAAUAAUAAGUCAACAAGUAUAAAAUCAUUAAUUAUAUGUUUUAAUAACCUGAUUAUAUUCUGGAAGAUUAAUUUCUACAAACAGCAUGACAUUUGUGUAUUCAAAGUAGUUUUCACUGUUAUGAAAUCUUUGUAUAUAUAUAAUAAUAUUUGUUUGACUUUGGCGCCAUCAUGUGUACAGAAGAGUCAAUAAACUGCACCUUACAGUCGCCAAUUAACUAUAAA